UUUUAUCAUUUAUUCUGCCUAAAUGUGUGUGACUAGCACUGUGUAGUCGAUACCGAUGGUGAAAUCACAUCUUAACAGUGAUAGUUGGCUCCAGCCUAGACAGCUAAUUAUUGCCGGUGUCGAAAGCUGUAAACCAUUGUGGGAGAUGGCUGCAAAUGGAGCAGAAUGUGAACAGCCACAGAAAAGACAAGGACCAAAAGACAAGCAGAAUGGCAGUUCUACAGAUUCAUCUCUUCGAGAGAGAAAGCAGCAGGACAGAGAAGAGCGUCUGUCUUUAGUUCUGUGGAAAAGGCCUUUUAUCACACUACAGUAUUUCUUCCUAGAAACCCUCAUUACACUAAAGGAAUGGACGUGGAAGCUUUGGCAGAGAAGAGGUGUGGUAUUUCUGACCCUUGUCCUUUUUUCCCUUUUCUCAUUGGCUUACUCAACAGAAGGAGAACAUCAGAUGUAUGUACAUUACCUGGAGAAGAAGUUCUUGUGGUGUGCCUACUGGGUAGGCCUAGGGAUUUUGUCUUCAGUUGGUCUUGGCACUGGACUACACACUUUCCUCUUGUACCUGGGUCCACACAUAGCCUCUGUCACCCUGGCUGCCUAUGAAUGUGGCUCUGUGAAAUUCCCAGAGCCACCCUAUCCAGCUCAGCUAGUGUGUCCAGAAGAGGAAGUCCUGCAGGAGAGCAUCUCACUGUGGACCAUCAUGUCAAAGGUUCGCCUGGAGGCCUGCAUGUGGGGUGCGGGUACAGCCAUCGGAGAGCUGCCUCCUUACUUCAUGGCGCGGGCGGCACGUCUCUCUGGAGCAGAUCCUGAUGAUGAAGAUUAUGAGGAAUUUGAGGAGAUGCUGGAGCAAGCACAGAGUGCACAGGAUUUUGCAUCAAGAGCAAAACUUGCUGUACAGAACAUGGUCCAAAAAGUGGGAUUUUUUGGAAUUCUUGCAUGUGCCUCUAUCCCAAAUCCAUUGUUUGACCUGGCUGGAAUCACUUGUGGUCAUUUUCUGAUUCCUUUUUGGACCUUCUUUGGAGCAACUCUCAUUGGAAAGGCCAUUAUUAAGAUGCACAUUCAGAAACUGUUUGUUAUCAUAACAUUCAGCAAGCACAUAGUGGAGCAGAUGGUUUCUCUAAUCGGUGUUAUACCUGGAGUCGGAGCAUCCCUUCAGAAACCUUUUAGGGAGUACUUAGAAGCCCAGAGAGGAAAGCUUCAUAACCCAGCGGGCGAUGGUGCUGCAGCGGGUGAAAGCUGGCUCUCGUGGGUAUUUGAGAAAGUGGUGCUUGUCAUGGUGUGCUAUUUUAUUCUGUCCAUCAUUAACUCCAUGGCACAGAGCUAUGCCAAGCGUCUCCAGCAGAAGAAGUACUCUGAGGACAAAACAAAAUGACGGACUUGCAGAAAAAAAUGUCAUGCUUCGUUUUGGAACCUACUAAAUACUUAAGCUAAAACUGCUACAUGGGCACUGAUUAAUAUGUCAAUGUCUUUUUAGAUCCUUUAGUUACGUGAAGUUCCUCUUCAUUUGUCUGUGUGUUCGGCUAUUUAACGUCAGAUUUAUCAUUUAGAGAUUUGUGUCUUAACAGAAACAAAGCAGUCUAGCUAAAAGGCUGUGUGGAGUCAUAUUUGUUGCAAUGCCUUAUGCAACAUUGGAGGUCAUGCUUCCAUUAAAGUAAAUACAGUUCUUAAUAGAUUGAUUGAUUUAAUUUCUAACGUGCAGGCAUGGAUGGGCAGGGUCAGUUUUGUGAUUUUUGAAUAUGCAGGGAUAUAGUUUUUUUUUUUAUCAUCAAUAUGAUGACAUUUUUGUAUUUCUUUAAGUGUCAUAAGAGGAUAGCAAUAUCAACUGAGAUCAUUGUGGUUUCUAAGUAGUUUGCACAUCUUGUAAAUAACAUAUGUUUUGAAUAUAUGCACAUAAUGUUUAUUCUACAGAGAUCUUAAACCAAACAUGUCACUGACUUUUAAACCAAGAAAAUGAAUAACUAAUCUUGCAUUUGUUAGUAAUUUUUAAACUUUGACAUUUGAUCUAAAAUCAUAAAUUGAUCCAUAUGUUCCUUUUUUUUCUUACUUCGGACUGAAAUGUUUGUGUAACAAACUAUAGUUUCACUAAGAAUUCUUGUUGCAUAAUUUGUUUGACAUUAAAUUGAUUAAUACAUCUGCUGUGUUACAUUUGCCAUUUACCUUCAUCUCUGAGUUAUCAAAACAUGGUUAUCAUGAAAAUUCAAUUAUCUUGGUUCAGACCAAAGGAUGCAGGAAGUUGGGGGAAGACCUUGCCAAAAAGGUACGUGGAAGGCAUCAAAUGAAAACUAUGCUGAUUCAUGUAUAAAAUAAUUAUUUUGAGAUAAACCUUGAUUCUGUAUAGACAAAGUGUACUACAAAUCUUGAUGUACAUAAAUAAUUUUGUCCCAAAAUAUAGUGGCUUUACAUUUGUAAAGCCUAGGCUCAUCUAAUUUGCACCAGUUGAAAACCUGCAGGCGCAAGUCCUCACUGAUAUGACCUAUUGUUUUAAGAAGUGUCCCCUCUUGUUUCAAUGUGAAGUAUACACUGUACAGUGAUCAUACAGCCCAUAAGUUUCCCAUUCUGUCAGGUAGCUUAUCAGACUGGUGUUGGCUGGUAGUCUCAUGGCAACAUCAGUUUAGUAGGCUGACUGAAAUUUUGGGUCUAGUCACCCAAUCGGCAUUUGUGCAUCUUCAGGUCUGUAUGCUUUUGCCAGAUAUGAAAGAAUACAAUAAUUGUUUGUUCUCAUGGUAAA